AGCGGAAGUUAUUUUCAGAGCUAAUGGCGCGAAUGACUGGAAUACGGCUUCACACACAUAGGUUUUCUAAAUAAAAUACAGACAGAUUAGGAAAUGAAUUAUCCUGCUGUCUUAUCCAAGAGAUGUUUCUAUGUGUGUCAGAAGUGAAAAAAAAAACUAAGUAGAAAUGAGAUCAAAGUCUUUUAGAAAUUAGUUUUAAUCCUCGUAAUCACCGCGCAGCAGCGCAAGACUUUGCUUCUGUCUCGCGAUUAUAUGUCACCAUGUCAAAAGGCAACAAGGAUGCAUACGUUGUGAAAUUUGUUGAACGCAAUGGACAGAAGAGUGAUAUGGCUCUCCAGGCCCAUAAGGCAAUAGUGGAACUGCAGUCAGAGAAAUAUGUGCAGACGCUGGAUGAGGAAGCCGCACUAGAGCUGGACCACAAUGACAAGUCCCUGUUUGUUUUCAGUGACUUCACCAGCAAUGCCUUUAAGCACUGCAGGAGGCUGGGAUGCAGGAUCAUGAGUCCUCUGGUAGUGCUGUUCUGUCUGCAGAAGCAGAGAUGUGUGCCCAAAGCAGAGCAGCCUGUGUACAACAUGGCCAUGGCUGAUGUCACCGUCUCCUGCACCAACCUUGACAAAGAGGCACGGAGCGAAGUGAUGGAUCUUGUCCAGCUGAUGGGUGGACGAGUCUACUGUGAUCUCAAUGUUUCUGUUACUCACCUGGUGGCAGGUGAAGUGGGGAGUAAGAAAUACCUGGUGGCCGCAAGCCUUGGGAAGCCCAUCCUCUUGCCCAGCUGGGUGAAAGCAUGCUGGGAAAAGUCUCAGGAUAGGUAUUAUACCUAUGUGGCUUAUCAGGAAAGAAACUGGAGAAACUGCGAAAGAUGGAGGCCCUCUGCCGGAGGGCUGCGCUUCAACCAGCCCAGCCAAGAGCUGACACACAUAGUGAUGGGUGAACCAGACCAGGGGAUCAAAGUCUUCCUUGACAAAGCCACUCACAGACCACAUAUAGUGACUGUGCAGUGGUUGCUGGACAGUUUCUCCCAUGGAUCCUUGCUCCCAGAGGAUGACUACUUUCACCCCUCCUUCCUGCCCCCUGCCCCAGCCACUGUUGAUAUGCCUGCUCCUCACAAAGCCGCCCCCCGUGCCUCCAGACCCUCUGUAGCUCCCCCUCCUGCCCCUAGUCCAAGCCGACAAGCCAGAGCAGAGGAAGACCUGCUAUCGCAAUACAUGGAGAAUGACCAGACUGUGGUGGAGCUACCUCAGGCCAGUAAUAGUACCAGCAGUAGGCAGAGCGUUUUGCUUCCAGAGCCUCCACCUGCAGGGAAGGACUCCACCUUGGUUGUAACCUCAGAGGGUGGCCUGUUUUCAGGGAAGCGAUUUACACCUGGUGUUCAGGAUUACUUUGUGCGGACUGCUAAUCAGAGAAAGGGAAUGCUGGCCAGCACUCAUUUGGUACUCCAGACUCCUGAGGGCACUAAGUACCGGGUGGCUCAGAAAUGGGGUCUACCUGCAGUCACAAUCAGCUGGUUUUUAGAGUCUGCCAGAACAGGGAAACGUGCUGAUGAGGGACGAUACCUGGUUGACCUGCCUCCUUCUCCAGAGUAUGAGCCAAAACGUGCCGUUUUUGGAACUGAGAACAGUUUUGUUGGAGCAUCUCAGAAAGAUCCGCCACCUCUGCGUCUCCAUCAUCGUUCCCCAGAGCUACCACUACUGGGCCCACAAAAUAGUGCUGCCAUCACCCCUCUGGACAUGGCUCGCUUUCAGAGCCGCACUGUCCUCUCAGCGGUCAGAAAGUUGAGAGAGGGAGAGGAGGAACAGGCGGAUGUGGCUACCCCAGGACAGGAGGACGCUAAAGGAGCCUUGCAGAAAGAAUCUUCCCUCCAACUAGACACUCCCUCUCGAUUCCUGAGCAGAGACAGACUCUUCGGACCCUCAUUUAACAGAAAGGAUGUGUUUGGCCAUUUACAAACUCCUGGUAAUAAGCCUCAGCAAGAUCAGGGGGCAGAGACUCCUCUCUCAGAGGUCAUUGAGAGGAACCUUAAAGCUGCAGUUGCCAACAGCAACCGCAGCCAUGCCACAAGCCUUGCAGCCAUGACUGCCUGUCCACAACUGGGAAAAGAGCCUGAACCUGAGGUGGAGCAGAAGGCUGCAGCUCCUCUCAGUGGGGUGGUGGUGUGUGUGAGCAAGAAAUUAAGCAAGAAACAGAGUGAACUCAAUGCAGUGGCUGCCUCUCUUGGUGCAGACUUCAGGUGGUCGUGUGAUGACUCUGUCACUCAUUACAUCUACCAGGGUAAAGUGGGAGACAACAGUAAAGAAUACAAAGCUGUCAAAGAGAGAGGACUGCAUAUAGUGUCACAACACUGGCUACAGGCUUGUGCAGAUGAGCAGAAGCAUGUGCCUGAGUCACUCUGCCCUUUUACAUUCAAUCCCAAAAUGAGCCUCACCAUGAGUCAGGUGGCAGAUACCACUCAGAGGUCACCUCCUCUUUCCACUCCACGCACCAGACUCAGGGCAUGUCCAGAGACUGAGGAGACCAGGCUUAGCCCCGUUGACAACAUCACAGACAUCUCAACCUCUCAGUGUGUCAGUGUGGGAGAGGCUGAGAAAGAUCAGACCGUCAGCACUGAGAGAAAUCUCACAGAAACACUUGAGAUGAGAGAGGGUCUUCAAAGGCAACUUCAGGAGAUCAUGUCUGCUACUAAACUGACCAGCGGUCGUCGAGUCUCCUCGCGGUUGGCAAGAACAGGCUCAGGGGGACUAGACUCACCCCAUACCCCGGACAGCCUGGGGCGAAUGGGAAGAUGCAGCCGUACUUUAGAGGCCCUACAAUUGUGUUUUGGCAUGAUGUCACGUCAAGUGGCUGUGGACCUGAACACUGAGCCGUCCCAGAGUGAGCAGAUCGUGUGGGAUGACCCCACAGCACGGGAGGAGAGAGCUAAACUAGCUGAUAACCUGCAGUGGCCUGGCAGCCCCUCCCAGCACUCUGAAACACUCGCCAUCGUCCCACCGCCCCUCUCUGACCACAUAGCCAGUGGCAAGGACUCCAUGACUGACUCUGAACUUGUGGAAAUGGCUGUAUUUGAAGUCAUCAAUGCACAGUUGAAGCCAAAGGUGACCCCAACACCAGUUGACACGGUACGGAGCCCUGAAACACCUGAAGCACCUACUCUUGCUUUCCCCACCUCUAAACCUGCAGUCCCUUUCCUUCCACAGGUUGAAGAUAAGGAGGUGGUGAAGGAUCCCCCAUGUUUCCUGCUGUCUUCUUUGAACCCACAGGAACGCAUAGACUACAGUCAUCUCGUAGAGGAGCUAGGUGGUGUUGUGCUGGAGAAGCAGAGUUUUGACCCCAGCUGCACUCAUGUUAUUGUUGGUUAUCCUCUGAGGAAUGAGAAGUAUCUGGCCGCUAUGGCACCAGGCAAGUGGAUUCUUCACCGCUCAUAUCUGGAGGCCUGCCGUGCAGAAGGACACUGCAUAGAGGAGGAGCAGUAUGAGUGGGGCAGCAGCUCUAUCCUGGAUGCUCUGCCAUCCAUCAACUCUCAGCAGAAGAGACUGGCACUGGCAGCCAUGCGAUGGAGGAAAACACUACAAGGCUGCUCAAACAAGGAGGGAGUGUUUGGUGGCUGGACUGUGAUGUUGAAUAUUGACCAGGCCAGAAAGGCUGGAUUCAGACGGCUGCUGGAGUCCGGGGGAGCAAAGGUGUUGCCACACCCUUCUCCCUCGCUGUUUAAAGAGACCACUCACCUGUUUGUGGAUUUUAGUCGGUUAAAACCGAGUAAUGUCAGAGUGGAUGUCAGGGAAGCUGCAGCUUAGGGGGUAAAAUGUCUUAAACCAGAGUACAUUGCUGAUUACCUCAUGCAGGAGCCUUCUCCUUCAAUGGACGCUUACUAUCUUCCUGGUGCAGCUGCGGAUGAUCUAGAAAAGGUUCAAGAUACAACUUCACGCAAACGGAAAGCCUCUGGGGACAUGUCCACAUUGAAGAAGAGUCGUGUGAGAUGAAAUGUACAAUUUCUAAUGCUAAUGUAAUAUGUAUUUAAGUGAUUUUAUUCAAUUGUUACAUUGUAGAUAAAAAAAAAAUCGUCUUGGCAAUAAAAAAAAUAAUAAAUUCAUAAUGUGAACCAC